AUGACGUCCGCCUCCGCCAAUUCCCCUCCCGAGAUCACCUUUGAAACCACCCACGGAGGCUUGCCGAUACUUAAACUCGAUUUCGACGCUCGUACGCCCGCUGAGAUUGACCUCGAACGUUGCGUCUUGCGUUUGUCUUCUUCGAAUGGAAAAGAAGUCAUUCUCGUCGGCACCGCGCACGUCUCUAAAGACUCCGCGGAAACCACGGAACGAAUCAUACGGGAAGAACGGCCAGAGAUUAUCUUCAUCGAGCUCGACAAAAACCGGUUGGAGAAGUUACUGCUCAAUCGAUCGCUCGGCGAACGAGAGGUGUUGAAGAAAACGAUUGAAAAGAUUCGAGAUAUUCCUUCGGCGCUCAAGUUCGUGAUGUCAAAUCUGAAAGACGUUCCGGGCUUCGUGUACCAACUGGGCGGAUUAAUCGUCGGUUCACCGGCAGGGAAUGAGUUCACGAAAGCAAUCGAAGUUGCGGGCGAUAUUGGCGCGUUGGUCGUUCUCGGUGAUAGGAGCGCAGAGGUUACCGCUUCGCGCGUGAUGCAACGAGUUCGGUACGGGAGUAAAGAGAAGAGAAGGGAGGAGAGAAGGAGAAGAGAGAACACGAAGAAAGAAAAGACGCUGAGAAAUCCAGAGGAAAGAGUGCGCGAAGUCGCGGAAAAAUACGGGUGCGAGGAUCCCGCGAAAGUGCUGAAAUGUUUGAAGAGGAUUUUGAGCGCAGGAAUGAACGUGGCAUUGCCGCCGGGCGAAGCAAACGACGAGGAGGAAGAAGUGGAGGAGGAGGAAAUGGAUUUGAACGAUCGAAAUGGAGGAGAAACUUCGUCGUCAUCAUCAUCGAGAACUACGAAGAUUAGUGCAAAAGAUUUAGAAGUAGUUCGACAGUGCGCUCGGAAAAUUAUAGAGUCCACUAGGAAGGAAGGGUUCAAAGGCGAAGGGGCGUUUAGCAGUAGCGUUUUCUUGGACGCGUCGAAUAGCGAAACAGAAAAAGAUGUCCGAAGAACGAUUUUAGACGAAAGAGACGUCAUACUCGCACAUUCUUUACACAGAGCGGCAAAACAGGCAGGACCGGGAGUUCAUAAGAUUGUUGGCGUAGUUGGGAGUGGACACGUUCCUGGAAUCAAGAGGAUAUUUACUCGUUUGAACGACACGAGUAAACAGUCAGAGAGCGACGUUCUCAUUUCCAUGCUCGCGAAAGAAGAGGAACGACAUGCGCACGACGAAUACUUGAAUGCGUUCCCACAGGACGUGGACGCUCCGGACCCGGCUCGAGAUAUGGCACAGUUUGCCAUUCUUUUUGGUGGGUUCGCAUAUCUCAAUUACAAGAAACCAGCGGUUGCUCGUCGAGUAUCGGCAAUGUUUUUCGGUGCAAUCUCCGUUGUCGCAGUAGGCGCCGCGAACGUUCUCGUCAAGGUUGGUCAGCUCGCUGAAAAGCUUGACGACGCGUCGCACGAGUUGCGAAUGCACGAAAAAAUUCCGUCUUUAUUGGGCGAUGAAGCUAAUAGUCGCGUCCUACGAACUGCUCGCAUCCGAAAUGGCGUUCGAAAGUAUGGCGACACCGCGCGCGAAGACGAGUUUUAG